CAAAAACUCGUGCUGCUGACUUACUGGUGAAUCCGCUGGACCCAAGAAAUGCAGAUAAAAUUAGAGUUAAAAUUGCUGACCUGGGGAAUGCCUGCUGGGUGCAUAAACACUUCACAGAAGACAUCCAGACAAGACAAUAUAGAUCCAUAGAGGUUUUAAUAGGAGCAGGUUACAGUACACCUGCUGAUAUCUGGAGUACAGCAUGUAUGGCUUUUGAGCUAGCAACUGGAGAUUAUUUGUUUGAACCACACUCUGGUGAAGACUAUUCCAGGGAUGAAGACCACAUAGCAUUGAUCAUUGAACUGCUGGGAAAAAUCCCUCGAAAAUACGCUAUGUUGGGGAAAUAUUCCAAGGAGUUUUUCACCAAAAAAGGAGAACUCCGACACAUUACCAAGCUGAAACCUUGGAGUCUUUUUGAUGUGCUUGUGGAGAAGUAUGGUUGGCCUCAUGAAGAUGCUGCACAGUUUACAGAUUUCCUGAUUCCUAUGCUAGAAAUGGUCCCAGAAAAACGUGCUUCAGCUGGAGAAUGCCUUAGGCAUCCAUGGCUGAAUUCUUAGCAGAAUCUCCGGUUGUUAAAAAAAAAAAAAAAACCCCGGUUGAAAAAAAAAAAAAAAAAAAAAAAAAAAAAAGCCAGCAACCACUUUCCAGUGCAUUGGACCUAAAUGGUGACUGUCACAAAUUCUUUAGCAGGAUCACGCGUGAGCUGGCUUCAAUCCUCAGACCUUUAUUUUGCUUGAGGUACUGUUUGACAUUUUGCUUUUUGUGCACUGUGUUCUUGGGGAAGGGUAGUCUUUUUGUCUUCAGCUAGUAGUUUACUCACCCACUUUCUUCAGAAAACACUUAACGUGUCUUUAAGCAUUGUUUCUUGUGUUGUGUGGCAUUCAGAUGUCAGAUUUUUGAACAAAGGAAACUUCCCCCCCAUGUGUUUUGGCAAGUUUUGUAACUAUUUAUGAAAAAAAAAAUAUUUUAGCUGAUGCAUAUUAUGUAAUUUACAAGCGUAAGAAAUUUAUCAAGUCAGAACUGAGUUACGGUGAGGAAUUGUACAAUUUUAUCUUCUGGCAAAGGGACGUCAUUCUUGUAUUAUAGCGUAUGUAAAUGCACCCUGUAAAUGUUUAUUUCCAUUUAAAUAUGGGACUGGGGACUCAAUUUCAGAGUAAAGCGACUGAGUUUUAGAAAGCUUUAUAGCAAACCAAUUGCAUGUAGUGGACUCUAAACUGCUUUAAGGAAUCGUGUAAACUUUCUAUUCUGUAGCAGUUCCCGUUCAUUGGAUUUUAAACAAAGUGGCUCUGGUUUACAGGAUUUCAUUCCCCAAACGGCACUUUAAAGGAAGGCUAGACUUCUUUCUAAUAAAGUAUGCAUUAUCAUUUAGCACUCCCUUUUAGAACUUUUGCCCUAUUUUAAGUGCUUUUAAGAAAAGAAAAAUAGCAAUUUCCCUUACAAUGUGAUAGUGAAGACAUGGUACCAUAUGGUGUUGCCUUUUUAUAAGCACUGUAAGUUGUACAGUACCUUAAGGAGAAAAAAAAAAAAUUAAAAGUUGAGCAUGAGAACCACUCUCUGUGUAGAAUCACUGAUCUUUUAUAAUAAAAGUGUGUGCUUGGCAUCAGUUAAGGAAGGAUAUAGCUGCAAAUAUUUACAGCACAGUGGGUAAAAUAAUCCCAAGAAGCAAGAUCAUGCUCAUUCCAUUCAUAGCUUUACAUGUUUCUAAAACAAAUUGCACUAGCUUUAUUCUUUCCCAUAACUAGGCAGCUGAUCAUCCGGUCUAAGUUGCACGCAACAGUUACGUGUUUCCUAGGAAAAAAAAAAAAAGCUGCAUAGGCCGAAGCUUAUAGGCAAUACAGAUUUUAGAAUGUACAGUACAGAGGUGUGUUUUGGCCUCUUUUAGAAGUCAGUGGGAUGAAUGUAAGCUUACUUCUGACCUUCAUGUAACUACAGUGCCACUUUUUUUCUUGACUUUGUCCAUAUGAAAUUUAUUCACAUGCCUUUGCAAUAACUAGAUUGUGAGAAGGUAGCCCCAUGCUGUAACAAUAACCAGUUGUUUGAGGUGCUUGCAGUUGUCUAAUUAAAGUGUUUUGUUUUUUCA